GGUUACAUUCCCUCAUCUCUGAGCCCAAACAUAAGAGCACUAGAGUGGCUACCUCAGAAUGAUCUUCUGGGUCACAAGAACAUUAAGGCAUUUGUAUCUCAUGUGGGACACAAUAGUCUUUAUGAGUCUGCAUAUCAUGGGGUUCCUGUGGUAGCAUUUCCUUUGUUUGCAGAUCAGUUUUUUAACGCAAAAAAAGUUGAACAUUUUGGACUGGGAGUAUCGGUGAAUCACAAUAAUUUUGAGGUGGAAAACUUGGUUAGGGAAAUAAAACAUGUUAUCAGUGAGCCAAGGUAAGGCUGCACUACAGCUAUUCAAACCUUCCUUCCAUUUUUCUCUUCCAGCCUUCCGUUAACUUACCUAUAUGUAUCUGAUCAUAUGUAAAUAAUGUAAACUAAUGUUUGAUCUAUGCCUGACCUGCCUUGAUUAGUGUUCUUUCUACUUUGCACUUCAGCACUAUCUUAUAUAUUUAUGUCAAGUAAAUAAAGGUUGUUGUUGUUGUUUAACCGUAAAAAAUGGCAAAGGUCAGAUUAUUUUAUUGCUGAAGGCAUUUGUGGCAGGUUUAGCUCCUUCUUUCAUUAAUAUUAUUCAUCAGCAACAGAUGAGACUGGGAGUAAGUACAGUUGACUCCCCUUGACAGACAUCUCUUAAAGAUGGACACCUUGCUAAAAUGGACACCUAGAGUUGGUCCCUGCCUUUAAUCUUUACUGCCUUUGACUCUCAAAAAGACGGAUGUCACUCUUAGACAGACACUUAGUGCGGGUCCAAAAGGUGUCUGUCUUUAGAGAGAGUUGACUAUACUACCAUCUAUACAAGAAGAAUGCUUGAGUAUUUACUGGCCACCCAGUAAGCAGUAAUGGUUGUCACCCUGGGGGGGGGGGGUAUCUCUGUGAAUUCUUGAUGGCCGUGUGCCACCUGCGGUUCUCCAAAUCCUGACCCUAUUUCAGACCAAAAAAUGACAUCUUUCACACUCAUUUUCAGACCUGGCCUCUAAAAUCCAUACCCAUUCUCAGACCUGGCCUUUAAGAAAUUAUGUCGUCAUUAUCUAGAUUAGAACAGCAACAAAAAAUAUUUUCUUAAAAUCCAUUUCGAAUUCGCAUAUUUCUCUUUCUUUCUCACUCAUUUGGAAUUGAAAAAAUAAAUUUAAAAAAUAUGUUCGUACACUCCCGCAGUUCCCUUGAAAACCAUACCCGAUUCCAGAUGAAAAUGAGCAGUCUAUACCCGUUUUCAGACCAAAGCAGGGCAAAAACCCUUCCCUUUGGGGCGGCACAUACCUAUAUGGCUUACAUAUAUAUCACCACCAACACCAUCACAUUGAACAUAGAUAUCAGUGCAAAAUAAUAGACUAUAAUAAUAAUAAAAAAAGAAACGGUACACACUUAUCCAAGAUCGGAGCAAGAUGGACAAGGUAGAAGUAUGUAACAGUGAACACAUAGAAGUGGCUCUAGAUGAGGUCUGACAUGAGCUCUUAUUUGCAGGUUUAAAACUGAGGCUACACGAAUAUCUCGGCUCCUUAAAGAUAGACCAAGGACACCAUUAGAGACAGCUGGUGAUUGGAUAGAGUAUGUGAUCAGACAUGGUGGAGCUACACAUCUCAGAGCUCAAGUGUUUAACAUCCCUUGGUAUCAGUACUACCUACUUGAUGUCAUAGCAUUCCUUGUUGCCAUAGUUACACUGGUUGUUUAUGUAGUCUGUAUGGCAUGUCGCUUCCUAUGCAGGCUGUGUUGUCAAAAGAGGGAUAGCAAAUCUAAAGAAGAAUAG